CAGACGUGGCAUACAAAUACCACUCCGCUAGUCGAACACUUUCUCCCAUCACCUCCACAAAGCACUUCGGUAUCAUCGUCACCCUCUCGCUCAUUCUCACGCGCCACCAUGCAAGCCCUUCAAUCCCCGACUCUCCGGCCGUCUCCGGUGGCCCCAUUCCAAACAAAGAGGUCAUACCAUUGGGGGCCCACCGCUAGGCGUCGAGUCUCCGUCAUUUCGGCUUCCGCCUCAGCAACCGUAUCGGCGCCGAGACGCGAGAAGGACCCGAAGAAGCGGGUCGUGGUAACGGGCACGGGAUUGGUUUCGGUGUUCGGAAACGACGUCGAUUUGUACUACGAGAAGCUGCUCGCGGGGGAGAGCGGGAUCGGCCUGAUCGACCGGUUCGACGCGUCCAAGUUCCCCACCCGGUUCGCUGGCCAGAUCCGCGGGUUCAGCUCCCAGGGCUACAUCGAUGGCAAGAACGACCGGCGACUCGACGAUUGCCUCCGCUACUGCAUUGUAGCCGGUAAGAAGGCUCUCGAGAACGCCGACCUCGGCGGCGAUAAGCUCUCCAAGAUUGAUAAGGAACGGGCGGGUGUGCUUGUGGGAACAGGGAUGGGUGGUCUGACGGUCUUUUCUGAAGGGGUUAAGUCUUUGAUAGAGAAAGGUCACAGGAAAAUAACACCUUUUUUCAUUCCCUACGCUAUAACCAAUAUGGGGUCUGCCUUGCUUGCAAUUGAUAUAGGCUUCAUGGGUCCAAAUUAUUCAAUUUCAACGGCUUGUGCUACCUCCAAUUAUUGCUUCUAUGCUGCUGCAAAUCACAUCCGCCGGGGUGAGGCUGAUCUGAUGCUUGCAGGUGGGACUGAAGCUGCCGUUAUUCCCAUUGGAUUGGGGGGGUUUGUUGCAUGCCGGGCCUUGUCUCAGAGGAAUGAUGACCCAAAAACUGCUUCGCGGCCAUGGGAUAGAGAUCGAGAUGGAUUUGUCAUGGGUGAAGGAGCUGGAGUAUUGGUACUGGAGAGCUUGGAACAUGCAAUGAAACGAGGUGCACCAAUUAUUGCCGAGUAUUUAGGUGGUGCUGUUAAUUGUGAUGCUUAUCAUAUGACUGAUCCAAGAGCAGAUGGACUUGGUGUGUCCUCAUGCAUCGAAAGCAGCCUUGAAGAUGCUGGCGUAUCACCUGAGGAGGUUAACUACAUAAAUGCACAUGCAACUUCCACUCUUGCUGGUGACCUGGCUGAGAUAAAUGCCAUCAAAAAGGUUUUCAAGAACACUUCAGGGAUCAAAAUUAAUGCAACUAAGUCAAUGAUUGGGCAUUGCCUUGGUGCCGCUGGGGGUUUGGAAGCCAUUGCCACUGUGAAAGCCAUAGCAACGGGAUGGCUGCAUCCUACCAUAAAUCAAUUUAAUCCAGAGCCUUCAGUUGACUUUGACACCGUUGCAAAUAAAAAGCAGCAGCAUGAAGUGAAUGUUGCCAUUUCGAAUUCAUUUGGAUUCGGCGGACACAACUCUGUCGUGGCCUUUUCGGCUUUCAAGCCCUGAUCAUCCAGCUGUUCUGGAUUUCUUGUAGGAGAUCAUUCGUGCUUAUUUGAGAUUUUGGUUGCUGCACCGUUGUUGAGGCUGCUUCUUUUUUCGCUUAACUGGAGUCGCUGCUUACCUAUCAAGCCAUUUGUAGUUAAUUUUUUUUGUUUUUUGGAUAAUUAUGAGUUGAAUUUUAGCUUCUGGACUUUUAGAAAUCUUUGCUUCAUAACCAUUCGAUCUGUUGGUCGAGUGGUGUAAAAGGUUUGUAUUCGGUUUUAAAUAAUAUAGUGGGUAGGGGGAAAAAAAGUGCCAAAGGCCUUUUGCUUUUAA